CUUGUCAGGGAGGGAAAACAUAACCUCACUUUUAGUUUGACUCUUUGUGUUGGGAUCGGAUGAAUUGCCUUCGUGGAAAUCUCUCAAAUUUAGUUUUAAUCCAGCAGAGGAAGCAAUUUCUCGCAAUUUGCCUGUGAUCAAUGGCUUAGCUAAGUUAGUGUGAAAGUUUAUUUUUUUUCUUUUAAAAAUCAUCCGCCCAAUACUGCCACAAAGUGCUUCCUCAUACGCUCCGUAGGGCUCCUCCUUUGUUCUGGGCAUUGUUUUCCGUGAAUUUUAUUUUCAUUUCACCCCCGCCAUGGGGUACUUGAAACUCUCGGAGGUGUGCAGGAUAAUUCUGCACGUCGAGAAGGACUUCCUGGAGGACUUUUGCUUCAAGGAUGUUGCCAAGGAGAUGGAGAAGGCCAAGGUUUUCACUGCCGAUGAAUGCCGAAGUAUACAGUGUGAGCUCACGGAGGUGGAACAAACCGAACGGAUGCUCUUCCUACUCAUGUACAGGAAGAACAAAGAAGUGAAGGUCUUCCAGGAAGUCCUCCUGCGGGACUACGAUUGGCUAAGUGAGCGUAUCGCCCAGGCGGGGAGUAGCAAUGAGAUUUUUGAGAAAUACGAAAGAUGCAUUCGUGGCAGUAACAUCCCAAACAAUCGUUCUGGCGUCAUCUAUCGCACGGAUUUGUUGUGGCAGGUGCGCAAAGCUCUAGUUCAUCUGAGGCCAUGCAAUUACCUAAUCCUGCAUGGGAAUACAGGAUCAGGGAAGCGUUGGCUCGCCAUUGAUGCAUGCUGUGAUUACUGCAUCAUUCGUGCUAUGAAUUACAAGAUUUUCUGGCUCAAUAUGACUGACUGUGUGAAGCCAGAGAAGAUUUUGGGGCAGAUGGAGCGUCUGAAGGUGAUGCUGUUGGCCUCCUUGGUGGAGAAGGAUGAAAAGCUCGAUGUGGAUGGGCAGAGGAAUGGUUACAUUUCGAUGGAGGCAAAAAUUGAAGCUGAACGCAAUGAUUUGCGAAAGAUCCUGCGGCAUGAGAGCCUGAGGGAUUGCUUGGUGGUUCUUGGGGAUCUGUGUAGUGAUGUGGCACAGAAUGCAUUUGAUUUGCAUUGCAAAGUUCUCGUAACAACGCGCAAUCUAUGCAGUAUGGCACGUGUGAAUGAGCAGAAGAAGGUGCUUCUGUCCACGAAUGCGGGAUUCACGGAGAGUGAGUCCUUUUGGUUGUUUGAGGGUACCCUUGGGCGGUCGAUUCAGCAGAGUCAUCUGCGGGGCUAUGUGAGUGACAUUCGUCGCAUUGUCAAUGGGAAUCCCGAUCUAAUGGCGAAAAUUGCGAAGAAUCUUCUCUACAUUUACGAUGGGAACGUCGAGAGGCGUCUCAGUGAGUGGAUACGCUGCCUUGGCAAUGGGGUGGAGAAUAAUCGCACGAAGAAUGUCAUGGAUGAGUCACUGAAGGUGCUGGACAAUGAGGAGGCGCAUCUGUACAGAAGGCUUGCAAUCUUCCCACCCAAUUGCAUGAUACCCAUACCCGUGCUUGCGCAGUAUUUUGCAAUGAAUUUCAUGGAUGUUGAAGAGUUGGUGAGGAAGUUUGAGCGGUAUUCCCUGCUGGAGAUUGAUGAUGUUGAAACAUCCUCCAAUGGGCAUCAAAUGAUGUGUCGAAUUCACUUUAUUUGUGCUCAAUACCUCGCAAGGAGUGCCAGGGAUGAUCUUACGGGCUAUCAUCGUGACUUUGUGGCCACAUACCGGAUACCCGAAGUUCUCGCAGCACGUACAGAACCAAAUCUCCUGCCCUUCCCGCAUGAUCACUACUUCUACACCUUCAUUGGUUACCAUUUGUGCGAAGGAGAACUCUUUGAUCUUUUCCUGCAUCUCUUCAGUGAUUUUGGCUUUCUGGAGGUGAAAGUUCGCGAAUCGGGGCUCACAAAUACCCUUGGAGAUCUCAAAAUGUACCAAGAAAUAUCAAAUAGGGGUAUUCCAUCAUAUUUCAUGGAGCUCCAGUAUUUCCUGCCGAAUGUCGAAGAACGCAUCUACCAAGCGCACAACUUAACGCUCCUCCAGCAAGCUCUGGGGGCCCCGGCGAGCAUCCGGGAAUUGGCACGGGAGCAAAUCCGUAGAUUCCCCCACAAGGUGUGGUUUCGCAUGAAUUGCUCAGAGAAGUGGCUGAAAAUUGUUCAGUUAUGCUCAAAUCCGAGUAUUUUGAGAUUCGUCACACCAAAUUCCGUCCUAGUGGCACAAAAGGAUCACAAUAUUGUCCAGACGGAUCUCUCAAAUAACUCCAAAUACAUCCCAAAUGUAUUUCAAGGGCAUGAAGGGGAAAUCAUCCAAAUGGAAGUCUUUGCUAAGUCCUAUCUCAUUUCAUUGGAUGCCAAUAGUGUUAUGUAUGUGUGGUACAUUGGCAAGGACUACCGGAGGAGGAGUGAAAAUGGGAAUAGCACAAAUAGACGCCAAUUUGCGGGACAUUUCAACUACAACAUUAAGGAUGCAAAUAAAUUUGAGCCUCUACAGAAGAUCCCGAUUUCCGGAAAGGAUCACGUUGUGUGUUUUCACACAUUCUACGAUGGGAAGGGUCAUAAAUUACUUUGUGCCCUGGAUACGGCGGAUGUGAUGACGUACAAUUGGUCUGGGAAUCAAUUUGUGGCAUCACCACGUGAGAAUUUUACGGCAAAAGAGAAAGUUCGUCGUCCGGACAGGAUAAAGUGUUUGCAGUACAUUGGAAGUAUGAAGGUGUUGGUGCUCGUGACGGAGGGAAAGUUGCAUUGUUUUAGCCUUCAGGAUCAUGCAUCGGUGGGAUUUACGCAGAGACCGCUGGAGGGAAAGGAAGUUCCCAUUGCCAUUCAUUUUAAUUUGAAAAAGAAACUCAUCUACUGCGUGUUUGCGUGGAAGAUUGUACAGAUUAAAAUUGUCAAAUGCACGAAGUUUGCAUUCCUCAAAAUUAAGUUCAUCCGUGAGAUUUAUCAUGCCGUGACCGCAAUUGAGUGCAGUGCAUUGGCAAAAAAUGGGAAAUUCCUCGUUUUGGGCACAAAAACAGGGAUAAUUGUUUUUGAUUGCGAACGCAGGGUUGAGGUGCAGCAGAAUUACGUGGCGGAGCAUGUUGCGUGUAUUGAUGUGGUGACAUCGCGGGAGAUUAUUGUUAUCUUUGGGAGUGACUGCAAGCGCAAUAUUGCGAAUAUUUUUGAGAUUAAAGUUCAAUCACAAAUGCCUGUUGUGCUGCAAAAGUAUCCCUUUGAGGUGCUGUACAGUGAGAAAGCACCAACGCUGUAUGCUGUGGAUACAAAGAAGCGUCUGCAUGAGUACAAUGUGCAAGAUCUGGGGGAUACUGUGAGGGUUACGGAGAAAAAUUGGACUACGAGACCUGUGCAGAGUAUCACUGCCAUGACGAGCUCCACCGAAUGCGUCUUUAUUGGUUGCAACGAUGGACGUGUCUUCCGGGGAAGGGAUUCAAAUUGGACGGAAGUAACGAGGGCACCCUCUUCGGUGGAUUUCCUCAAGUUCAUCAAUGGUGUACUUGUUGUAGGGACAAAUACAGCGUUCCAGGUUCUCAAUCAACCAUGGCAUUCCCAAGGAUUAGCCAAUUGCUAUGCAAUAGAUGCAAAGCAUUUACUUGCAAUUACCAAAGGAUUGAGCGUUAAGAUUCUGGACAUGGACAGUAAUGAAGUGAUCACAGAAUUGGACGGGAGUGCUGAAGCGAAUUUUGUAUUUUGUGAUUUUGCUUCUCCAUUUCUUCUCACGUGUGCCAAUAGGCAACCAAUGAGCCUGUACUGUGUGAUUGGGGCAAGUGGGGAGAUUGUAAAACUGCGGAAUUUAAGUAGGAAGUCAGAUGCUGUGCCAUCAUCAGUUGCUGUAUCCACGGGGAAGGAUCUCUGUGCGAUUGGAUUUCAAAAUGGUGCCAUAAAUUUGUACAAUAUUGAGGCCAAUUUCCGGCAUCAACAUACAUUGGAAUCUCACAAAGGCGCUGUGACCCAUUUGGCAUUCUCCCCAUGGGCUGGGGCAUCUCAAAUUCUUAUCAGUUUGGGUGAACAAAUGUGCUUCUGGGGCGUGUUGGUGCAACAACAAAUGAGGUACGUAGAAGAUGAUGCUGCCCAUGGGUUGAUUGAGGCAACAAAUCGACUGAGUAUUGGCAAUAAAAUGAAUCCGUGGGAUGGUAAAUGUGGUGCUUCCGAGAAGCCAGAAUUGCUGUCUUGUAUUAAAUUUGCCGGCAAUUCCGCGGCAAAAGUUAUUCGUGAUGGGGAUUUUGUAAAAUUCCUCACAAUUGACAAUGAAGGGGAAAUUUAUGUUCUCUCCCUGAGUGAUUCAUCCCCAUCACUCAGGUGACAUCGAAUAAUUCUCUCUAUUCGACUGAUUCUCUUCUAUUCGUUUAUUUAUAUUCUAACGUCUCUCCUCUAAAAGGAUUUUCACUAAAGGAGGAGGGGCAAGAUAUUUUAAUCUCAAUUUUAUAAUUUUUAUUUCCCAGAAAAGACAAUCAGGUUGUUUAAUGCAUUUCUAUGACAUAAGUUGUGGUUUUCACCGAGUGAGACAGAUUUUUUUUUAUAGAUCAGAGAUUUGUUCGUUUUUCAGUAUAAUUUUAAAUAAUUUUAUCGAAUAACUCCAGAAAACAAAAUAAUAAUAGAUCUUUUCUUUGAGAUUUUUUGUGCAUUUUAAAAUAAGAGUUUCUCUUAAGAGACAUUACCGACAGUUCUUAAUGAAUAAAAUAGAUUGUAAAAAUGAUUUUUUUUAUAAAAGAUUUUUCUUUUUCAAUGAAUACAAAAUAUCCAUAAAA